AUGGAUCCUCCAGCCUCUGCCUUGAACCCCACCGGGUAUAUGCCAAUUGACACAGUCGAAGAUGCCCGUGCAGUUGUCACUCAGUGUAUCAAUGGAGAUCUACAGCUAGUUCCUCGCGGCCCAGACGAUCGAGAAGCUGCUCAAUUCUCGUGGCCGCCGAACGCAGUCUUUGUCUUUGAAGUUUCGGACCAAGCGUCUCGCCCACCCGCAUACUUUGACGAAUCCGAACCCGAAUUUUUCAUCAAAGAUAUCCCGAGUGACACUCAAGUCAAUCUCAGACUGAAAUCUAUAACAAUCGUGGUGGACGGUCGAAGAUAUUGUGUGGUUGCGAUUCUCAACUCGCAGACCAUUACGAAUCCGAAUCUGCACUCCAGACAAGAGAACCAUUAUGGGCAUCCUGAUUCGCAAAUGCUUCGACCCUCAGAGAUAAGACUACGCGAAAUCUAUACGCAGCCUCAAACAUGUGUAGCAGGAUUGGAGGCUGCUCUACAAGAUAUGAGAGAUUCGGGAGUGGAAUGA